AUGGGAGGAAAUGGCUGCCAAACUGGAAUACUGCAAACUUGUUUUGCUGUUUUUGUUAUACAAGCUAUGGGGCUAAGGUUGGAAAAUGAACCUACUUCCCAAUUCAAUGAUUGUACACUUUUAAGAGAGAAAUGCCUAAGUGAUGUGGAUGGAUGUGAACAAACAUGGAGAAUAAUGGAAGAUGCCUGCAAUGCUUCAGGUGACCCCUGCAAGAUGAGAAAUUCAUCACACUGUGUUCUGAGUAUCCACUCCUUAGUGGAAAGCAAUUUACAAUUUAUGCAGUGUCUCUGCACUGAUGACUUCUAUUGUACUGUGAAAAAAUUGUUUGGGAAAAAAUGCAUCAAUAAAUCAGAUAACAUGAAAGAGGAUAAUGAACUGAAGUGGAAUCUAACGACACUCUCCUAUCAUGGAUUCGAAGGGAUCCCAUCCUGUUUGGAAGUGACAGAGGCGUGUGUAGGAGAUGUGGUCUGUAAUGCACAUUUGGCCCUUUACCUUAAAGCUUGCUCAGCAAAUGGAAUUCUGUGUGAUGUGAAACACUGCCAAACAGCCAUAAGGUUCUUCUAUCAAAAUAUGCCUUUUAACAUUGCCCAGAUGUUGGCUUUUUGUGACUGUGCUCAAUCUGAUAUACCUUGUCAGCAGUCCAAAGAAGCUCUUCACAGCAAGCCAUGUGCAGUGAACAUAGUUCCACCCCCUUCUUGCCUCAAUGUAAUUCACAGCUGCCGAAAUGAUGAAUUAUGCAGGAGACACUACAGAACAUUUCAAACAAAAUGCUGGAAGCUUGUAACUGCCAAGUGCCACGAUGAUGAGACCUGUAUUAGCACCUUAAGCAAAAAGGAUUUCAUUUGUUCCGGAAGUGAUGACUGUCAAGCAGCUUACCUCGGAACCCUUGGGACAGUCCUUCAAGCACAAUGCACCUGUAGGACCAUUACACAAGCUGAAGAAGCUUUGUGCAAGAUUUUCCAGCACAUGCUGCAUAGAAAAUCAUGUUUCAAUUUUCCAACCCUAUCUAAUGUCAAAGGCAUUGCAUUGUAUAAAAGAAAACAUGCAAAGGAAAUCACUCUGAAAGGAUUUCAACCCCCCUUCAGUGGAGAAGUAAUCUACACUGUCACGUGCAUGAUGGUCACCUGUGGGACCCUUCUCCUGGUUGUGCUCAAGCUCAGAACUUCUAGAAUGUCAAAUCAAACAAGAGAUCCUUCACAGAUCCAAAUACCUGGAGGAGUCGUCAUUCAUUAA